ACAAGCUUCACGCAUUACAGAGUCUGGACUCACCUCAGCAUUUGGUAAAGAUGUGGAAGGUUCUGCUCUUCAUUGUGGCUGUGAUCACCUGGUCGGACCCGGCACAAGGUCAACGUGAGUACCUGACCACCGUCAACGACCGUCUGUUUUUCAAGAUUCGUGUGUCCGGCCCGAUGACCAAUGCUAACGUGAAGGCCACCUGCGAGGCGGAAGGGAUGAGGUACCCCUGCUACCUGUCAGGUACUGCUGGGUGUAUAAAUGUAACUAACGGCACCACCUACUGGACCGAAGACUGCAUCACCUAUGGCGACACCGGAGUCAGCUGUUAUACCCACGAAGUUCUCUCUGCAAACCUGUGUGGAGACACUAACUAUAAUUACUGCCAGUCCCUUGAUGACACCUUUGUGUACAUCCCUGGCGGGCAGAGUGAUGACAGCGCCUGGGGAUUGGACUACGACAAUCACACCUGGGGGCUGCGUGGAGCAAACUACAACAACAUGUACGCUCUUUGUGCAGCCGAAAAGGUGUACCUGACCACGCUAGGAGGCUUGGAGUUCGUGAAAGUUCCCGCAGUUGGUGCGAUGACCAAUCCCAACGUGAAAGCAACGUGUGAGGCUGCGCACAUGUGGCAUCCGUGCGGAUGCUCGGGUAGUCUUGAUUUUUGUCAUCAGUGCGACAGGGACUCGUACGUACCCUGCAUCGUUUUUCUCGAGAACGGAGGGUCGGGGUGCCUCUCAACUCUCUUGUCUAUCUCGAAAAGUCUGUGUGGAUACAUGGAAGCUUGGAACUGCCAGCCCCUUGAAAACACCUUUGUGUACUUUCCCGACGGGACUGGCAAUGGUGCCAUGGCCAUCGAUAACGUCCAAGUUGGCCAAGUCCUGCAUGGAGCAAACUACAACAACAUGUACGCCCUGUGUGCAGUACAUCCGCAAGAAGUUAUUCCCGACGUCAUCAUCACAGGCUGAAGAUGGAGCAUAAGCUCGAGCGGAAACCAUGAAGCUGUUAACUACUAGUUUUGCAGUGAAUAAAAUCUACAGCUCCA